AUGGAUGUUACUUUACCAUCGUCUUCACCCAAUUUCAGUCUUUCAGCACGAGCUAUUUUUUGUUUGUUAUGUGCAUGCACGUUGGUACAAAAUGCAAUCGUUGGUGGAGCGAAUAAUGCCAUUAUAACGACCAUCGAAAAAGGUUUUUAUAUGACAAGUACUGACACUGGUCUUUUUCAAAGUGUUUACGAACUUGUGAGUGUAUUUGUCUAUCCGUUGGUCGGGUACAUUGGUGACAAAGGUCGAAAAAUUCGAUGGAUAUCCUCAUCAAUGUCCAUACUCGGAGUUGGAUUUUUGGUCAUGUCUAUACCUCAUUUCUUAGAAUUAAAACGUGGUCGUCCAAUAUUUGAGACACGGGCUGCUGAUCAUUUAACAUUAUGUGUAGUUAAUCGAACAGUGAAUGUAUGCAAUGUAUCAAAUAAUCUUCAGUUUUUAAGGCAUUUAAAAUAUGUCUUUUAUUUAUCAAAUGUGAUCAAUGCUUGCGGAUCAGCAGCUCUACCUACGUUAGCUGUGUCUUUAAUAGAAGAUUUAUUUUCAAGUAAGACCGCUCCUCUUGCACAAGGAGCUUAUUAUGCGAUUGGUGGCAUUGGCAUUGGGUUCGGAUUUCUCGCCACAAGUCAAUUUUUGAAUGUAUAUACAAAUAUUCGCAAACCGGUGUGGCUAACACCACACUAUGCAGAAUGGAUUGGUGCAUGGUGGAUAUUGUAUAUGUUAUCAUCGGUUAUAUGUUUUUUAUUGUCAUUCUUUCUCUUCUAUUUUGAUACUGGACGUGCUCAAUCGAGUUCAGUGUCUAUUCGUCGUGUAGACUAUUGCUUACUCCCAUCAACAACAAAGAAGUAUAAGAAUCAAAAUGAAAAUGAAAAUUCAAACCUUCGGCAUAAAAUUUUACCAGAUACACCAACAACGACUAGUUCUUAUACGGAUAUAAACUCUCUUCAACAAUCCCAACGUAUUCCUAUCACAUUUCAUAAUAAUACAACAACGAAGGAUCAAGAUAUACAAAUUCAUUCUGAAAAUGAAUCUGAAACUCGUGAUAUGUCGAUAUUGAGUACAAUCGCUGAAGAACAACAACUACAUCAACCAAAAUUUUCACCAACGACAGAUUGUUUUUAUGAUAUCUGUGUACUUAUUAAACAAUUAUUAACUAAUUUACGUUACAUGGGUAUCACAUUUUGUGCUGUUAUCGAAGCUCUACUCAUCAAAGGCUAUCUAGCAUUUUUAUCCAAGCAUAUUGAAUAUCAGUUUCGUACAACAUCAUCACAUUCAAGCAUCUAUAUGGGUGUCAUUAGUUUAUUUAGUGUGGUGUUAGGCACACCGCUGGGAGCUUACGUGGUCAAGCGCUAUAAUUUUGACGGUCGAAAAUGUGCAAAAUUUUGUUGCCUGAUAUUAACAUUUUCAUCUGUGAUAUUUUUAGGAUUAUUACUUCAUUGCCGUGAACCAACUAUUGGUACAGAUCAUUCCACAAUAAUAUUUUCUAGUGCAUUUUCAUCGGAUGAACCGGGCGAUAGUCCAUUAUUAUUGCCGGAAGUUGAAGAAACUCAAUGUAAGAAAAAAUGUAACUGUGAUAUGAAUAUAUUUCAACCCGUGUGUGACCAUGUCAAUAAAGCAACGUAUCAAAACCCGUGUAUACUAGGAUGUCGAAAGAUUCUCAAAGGAAAAUAUGCCGAUUGUGACUGUUUGCCACAAAACGGUACAGUGAUUGUUGGACGUUGUAAAGAACGAAAAUGUACAUUAAAUUUAAUAUUGACAUUAUGCGGGGCAUUUAUUGUUGUCUUCAUGAGUUGUUGUAUUAUUGUACCAGCACUCAAAGGUAUAUUACAUAGUAUUGACCCUGAACAUCGGGCAUUUUCAUUGGGUUUCAAAUCAACAUUAACUAAAUCAUUGGGUUAUCUGCCGGGGACAUUGCUGUUUGGAAAAAUUAUCGAUCAUACAUGCAUCACGAGAAUUAAAGAAACAUGUGGUGACAAAUUUGAAUGUAAACAUUAUAACAAUAAGAAAAUGGCUAUUUCAUUAGCUCUGUUGGGUUUUGGAUUCCGUUCUAUAUCCGCACUAUGUUGUGCUAUAUCUUGGUAUGCGUACAAAAAAUAUCCCGACAUUCAACAACAGUCCGAAAAUAAUGUAAUUCGAAGAACGUCAGAUAAUUUAACAGAAGAACAUACAUAG